CCCUCGGUCUCGGGGAUCCCAUUGAUCUACGCCUUCCCAUCUCAUUCCCGCGAGAAACUCCGUCCAACUACUAGCAACCAUGGACAUCCACCGCGCGCGCUUCGUGCCCUACGCCCCCUCCGCCAUCAACGCCCUCGCCUUCUCGCACACCCAACCAGACGACCUCGCCCCAACAACUCAGGACCCAACAGGCCUGCGUCUCGCACUCGGCCGCGCAAACGGCAACAUCGAGAUAUGGAAUCCCUCCGGCGGCGCAUGGGUGCAAGAGAGAGUCUUCCCGGGGGGCAAAGAAAGGAGUGUAGAAGGCCUAGUCUGGACGCAAGAACCGGACGAGUGGGUGAAUGAACCUGGGGGAGGGAAAAAGAGGGUAGAGGGACGAUUGAGAUUGUUCAGUAUCGGCUAUUCGAACAGCGUGACGGAGUGGGAUCUCGUUUCCGGAUUGCCGGCGAGGCAGAGUAGUGGGAAUAGUAGCGAGGUGUGGUGUUUUGCUGCGCAGCCGCGGCGGGCGACGAGUCGGGGGUCUAACAAGAAGGAUGCGAUAGAAGGAGGGGAUGAGCAUCAGCAGCUGGCUGCGGGGUGUGCGGAUGGCACCGUCGUGCUGCUUUCGACGGCGGAUAACGAUGUCCGGUUUGAGCGGUUUUUGUCUAGGUCGACGACCAAGAAGGCCAGGGUGCUGAGUAUCGCGUUCAAAGAUCGGAAUGUUGUCCUGGCCGGGUAUGCGGAUAGCACCAUCAGGGUGCUGGACACGAGGAACGCGAGUGUUUUGAGGACCAUUUCCCUGGGCAGCGGGCCGAUCGGUGGACCGAAGGAUAUCCUCGUGUGGAAGGUGAAGUGCUUCCCGAAUGGGGACUUCGUCUCUGGAGAUUCGACCGGGGAGAUAAGAAUCUACGACGGCAAGAAUUACAGCCAAAAGCAGCGUAUCGCCGGACACGAAGCGGAUAUUCUGGACCUCGCUGUGUCACAAGAUGGCACCAUGAUAUUCAGUGGAGGCAUGGAUAGGAGAACAUGUUGCUACACGUGCAGCAAGAAGAAGGGCAACAAGGUGGGACAAUGGGCCAAAGUAUCACAUCAACGACAUCAUGAACACGAUGUCAAAGCCAUGGCUACUUAUGAGGGCCACCAGCUGAACGUUUUGGUAUCUGGAGGCAUCGAUACCAAGCCCAUCGUACUCCCCAUACGGCAAUUCGGGAAGGAAUAUAGCCGCAGUCUCCCAUUCCUGCCUCACACUCCUCCCUUGGCCAGCGCUCGUGAAGCAAGGUUGCUGGUCAGCUGGUGGAAUUGCGAAGUCCGGAUAUGGCGUGUCAAGAGCAAGCAGGGAGGGUCGGAGAAACCCAAAGUCGUUGCACGGAUAGCGCUACAAGGACAGGAGAACAUCACCUCUGCCUCCAUCUCCCGAGAUGGCAGCCUCUUGGCGGUAUCCACGGCGGCCGAGGUGAAGCUCUUCCACGUCGCACCUUCGACCUCAUCCGGGGGGCCUGGCCUGCGUAUUCGUAAGCUGGAGAUGCCUACGUCGACUGGAGCGAAGCUCGUACGCAUAGCGCCCAACGGGAAGUGGAUAGGUGUGGUCACCGUUGCGGACGAGAUACGGUUCGUACGUGUUAUCCCAGCAGAAGAAACUUCUGAAAGGCCGCGCGUACUUCGGGAACCAUUACACGUCCACCGCCUUCGGAGAGAUACAGACUCACGUGACCCUUUGAACGGACCAUGGGGUCAGUACAACCGAUCCAUCUGCCAUGCAGAGUUUUCCAGCACCAGCAGCUUCUUCGCCGUCGCCGACCUCGCCGGUUACGUAGACACGUUUGUCGUCGAAGGCUACGAAGACGCCACAGCACCGGAACUGGACAUUGCCAAACCUUCCUCUACUCCUUCGACAGACAGUGAGGAGUCUGAUGACGAGCACGAGGAACCGAUUGCUAGGAUAACAAGUCUGGGUCAAAGAUGGAUACGUAAUCCAUCAGCUCACUUGCUCCCCCGGUUGAACUCUACCCCCCUCUUCCUCUCCUUCAAGCCGAUUCCCGAAGACGCUGCCCGCCCCGAGCCCAACGGAAACCCAGCCGUUCAUCCCACAAGACACAAUCCCCACCCCCGUCCGCGUUACAACCCCGAGACAGAGGAACCCCUCCUCGUCGUCUCGGCAAAGCACGAGCUCUAUGAGUUCGAGCCAUUAGCGGGUCGUCUGUCGGACUGGUGUAGGAGGAACCCCCCAUCCAGCUAUCCAGCGCAGUUCCAACGCCUCAAGGAACCUGUCAAGGGAUGUAUAUGGGAUGUAAGCCACGAGAACCGCCGCCUCUGGCUCUACGGCGAGAACUUCCUCUUCAUGUUCGACCUCUCUCAAGACUUGCCUCUAUCUCGGGGAGGAGAUGCAUCCAUGAACGGCGCCGUGGACGUCGCACCGGGAGCAAAGAAGCGCAAGCGUGACGCCCUCACCGAGUCUACUCAUCAGACGCCGCGCAGAGGCCACGCGGGCGCUGGCGACGUCGUGCGAUCUAGGCAGGCACCCGUCUCCAAGAUCCGCAAGUUCGAGAGCGGCGGUGGCAAGGGGGAGGGAUCUGCGGGGGGGAGAUCGACAUGGAUUGACGUUGGGGCCUUGGACAGGACGGCCGAGUCUGACGACGACGGCGAGGAAGAAGAUGAGGAUGAUAGGCAGGCGAGGAGGUUGACUUUGGCUAGUUUACGUGGGCGGGAGGUGAAUGGUGUGGAGACUGCCGCGGAGGAUGGGGAAGGGGACGAAGAAGAGGAGGGGAGGAAGAGGGAGAAGGACGCGUGGUGGCAUACGUUGAAGUAUCGUCCCAUUCUUGGCAUUGUGCCGGUAGGGAGGGAUGACGAGCCGUUGGAGGUGGUGCUGGUGGAGAGGCCGUCGUGGGAGUUGGAUCUGCCGCCGAGGUUUGUGGGUGCUCAUGAGUGAUACUCAGGCAGGGAGGGGAAGUGGUGCCUGCUGUGGGAUGAUGUGUUCGUUGUGCGAGGACGUGUGUUGCCUCCUGUUGUGGUUCUAGAGAUACAGUCAAUGGAUGUUGUGGGAGGCUGGGUCA